AGCCUCCUCUAUUUACACGGACAGGCGCACACCAAGAUUGCUGGCUGCUUACUCACGCAACCACUCUCCCGUGCCAUGGUUUCGAAUGUAGAUUCGAGGUGCUUGGCGCUCUUUGUGGCUUCGGUGCUGCUCACAGGGAGUGCGUUUAUUCUACCGGGGACACGCCUCAGAUCACCACCGGCGGCGCGCCGCCGCGUGUCGGAGCAAGCCGUAGCCUUGACAAGGUCAACAACAACAACAACAACCACCACAUCAACUUGUUGGGGAAUACGGCGACGCUCAGUAGGGCCAUGCACGAUGUCCACAUCACCUGGCGAUCAGGAUAGUGAUGCUGCGGCAGAGGGCGAAGGCGCUGAUGCUGAGUCUAAUGCCGAAGGCGAGCAGGGCGGGGCGGAUGCCGGGGCGGGCGGCGAGAGGAAGGAACAGCAGGAUGACGAAGUGAUUGGAUUUGGAAUGGGGGAUACCGCAGAUGACGAUGAUAUAGCCCCGUUGUCGUUGCUCGCACAGGGAGACUCGCUGCCGCUGUCAUACCGGAGCGAUAAUGGGACAAGAGAGUCUGAGUUCUUCGUUGGUGAUGAGAACGAGAACGUGAAUCCCUACUACGAUGUUGUCCGACGCCUUUCCCCGACGGAGUUGAUCGGCAGGUUCAUGAAGACCUCCUCUCCCAAGGUGCAGGAGGCAGUGCGAACGACGGUGCUUGGGCUGUUGGGAUCUCUCCCUAGGCAUGCCUUCGAGACUACGGCCAUCGCUACUGGGGAUGCGCUUGCUAACCUCAUGUUCCAGCUGCAGAUGACUGGGUACAUGUUCAAAAAUGCCGAGUACCGCCUUUCUCUGCAAUCUUCGAUGCGAGCUUCGGCCGCCCUGCCCGCAGGUAAGAGCAUUGUCGGUGAGGAAGAGGAAGACGAAUCUCUCAGCACUUCGCGCGUGGAAAUGGACGAUGAUGGCAACCUCAUCAUCGCCAGACCAAAGAUUUCGGGCAAGAUCAAGCUCACCUACGACGAGAAUAAGGAGACAGAACGCGCAAUGGAGGUCGAUGCCGAUGCCUACAUGGCCGAGCUAAGGGGGCAGGUGGAGCAGCUGGAGUCUCAGCUGUUGAUGGUGCAAACCCAGAAGGAGGAGGCGGUGCAGCAAGACCUUUUGGUUUACAUCAAGUCAAUGCCGGAACAUCAGCUGCAGGGGCUUACGGCCGGCGUGAGCCCUGACGUGCUGGAGUCUAUGCGGCUUCUUGUGGAAACGGUGAUGGGUGGCAUGGGUGACCGCGAGAUUCUGUCAAAAACAUUGACUCAACAAACAGGCUCCGGUAUGGCUCAGUUAUGCAUGUGGCAGCUCGUGGUUGGGUUCAACCUUCGAGAAAUGGAGGCUAGAGAAGACAUGCGAAAGAACUUCAACAAGUGACCCAUCCGCGAACAGUUGUAGCAUACAUGGCUGACGGAUGUUGAUAAGGAUUGAGCGAAAUAUUGGAGGGAGAUAAGGGGCGAGGAACGAAUCCUCUUAACCUGUUGUAGUUGUACAUGUAUAUCUGGCGUCCUUUUGGUACAGUGUUCUAUUCUAGUCCUUUUUAACCGGGAGGGGGGGGGGUUGACCUAUAGUAAUAGAUGAAGGAAGUUGAUACAUGCAAAAGCACAUCUUUGCGGCACACGUUCGUUGACCAGUAGAGGGUAGAGACUAUGUGUAGCUUUUCGUGGAUGAAGAGAGAGGAAGGUGGCCCGCAAUUAAAUGAUUGGCCAAUCUCGCGAAAGGAACGUUCCAAAGAAAGGGAAAAAAUCCCUGGUCGUCCGAUGACGUCAUCCACGGUCAUGAGGGUAAUUUUAAUUGCCGGCCACCUUUCUCUGCGCAUGGCGUGCAGGCCAAAGCAAGGAGACCGUUACGACUGACUUGACACGAAAACGAUAUUUUGCGUUUGCAUCUGACAAGCCGGGCCUUAGCUUUGAUCGUUUCGUGAACACAUGUGCGACUUUGCUACAUGCUCCCCACGAUUUGAACGCCGGAUGGAUGCCUUUCCGGCCGCAACAGAUUUGAUUAGUAAUAGCACAUCGUGGCUUCGGUGGAAAGAUACUUCACUUUUAAUGGAG